UUUUCCCGGUGAAAUUUCAGUGGAAAUCAAUAGCGGCAGUAUGGUCAAACCGUCAGGUAGAACUGGCAAGUUCUCCGACUUUGAAGAGACCCCUUUGACAACGGAGGAUGGUAGCACGAGCCGAAAGAAGCGACAGCAUUACUCCACCAUUGAGACAUCAAAAUGCAUCCACGGUCGAAAGGACUGUGACUGCAACCAUAAGGACACUGUCUGCCGGUAUCAAGACCUAAGCGAUUCGUCAAGUUCGGAUCACUGUCACGCCGAGACGUCGGUCAGUACGAAUGCAGCGGCCAAACGAAAAUUAAUUAUUGCCUCGAUCCUCUGUCUUCUUUUUAUGCUGAUUGAGUGCGUUGGAGGCGUCCUAGCCAAUUCAUUGGCGAUUGCCACAGAUGCCGCGCAUCUACUUACCGAUUUCGCAUCGUUUAUGAUCAGUUUGUUUGCCAUUUGGAUCUCGGCGCGACCCGCGUCGAAACGCAUGAGCUUCGGAUGGCACCGAGCCGAAGUGAUUGGCGCGCUCACGUCCGUGCUGCUCAUUUGGGUCGUGACCGGAAUUCUCGUCUAUUUAGCGGUCGAGCGUAUUGUGAAAAAGGAGUAUGAAAUCGAUUCGCUGGUCAUGCUAAUAUCGGCGGGUAUUGGCGUUAUCGUCAAUAUCAUCAUGGGGUGUUCGUUGCACUACGGGGGCCUUUCACAUGGGCACUCACAUGGCGGUACAAGCGGAGCGCACACCCACGACGGCGGAAAGCAUGCAGAUGAUGACUUAGAACAAGGCCGUGUAGUGGACACAAAAUAUGGUCAUUCACAUGAACAGGAUGCCAAUUCCAAUAUCAAUGUGCGCGCUGCACUCAUUCAUGUGAUCGGCGAUUUCCUUCAGUCGCUGGGGGUCUUUGUAGCCGCGCUAAUUAUCCAUUUCUGGCCAGAAUACAGCAUCGUCGACCCAAUCUGCACAUUUCUGUUUUCGGUACUUGUGUUAUUUACGACGAUAACCAUUUUGAAGGAAACGAUCAUGGUGCUGAUGGAGGGCAAGCCAAAAGGAAUCGAUUUCGGCGAAGUACGUGAACUCCUCACGGAAGUACGAGGUGUAAAACAUGUGCACAACCUUCGAAUCUGGGCGCUUACUAUGGAGAAGACUGUGCUGAGCACUCAUGUCGGCAUCGAAGUAGGCACGACGGACUAUCACCGAGUACAAAAGGAGUGCGUGAGAAAACUCCGAGAUAAAUAUGCUUUCUUUGAGGUCACUGUACAAGUAGAGGAGUGGAACCCGAAUAUGCAGGACUGUGUCAAAUGCAAUGAUAUUUCGGAUUAAGUUUCGUGAUCAUAUUAAACUUAACUGUAAUUGAUGAAAUCUUAUAUGCACGGCGUUCCGUUAGUUGAAAAAUUGAUUGAACUGUUAGCCUGUGGUGAACUUUUUGCUGUAAUAUAUAUUUAUACGUCAUAUACGUUUUUACCCGACUAGCUCGUAAUUAGAUUGUUGUCGGACGGUAUCUUAGACAAUGAGAUCGUUUUGACAUUACCGAACAGGACGAAGAAGAAGCUGUCGUAUAAAUAAACCUUUUUCUAAUACAACGCGUAGAUAGGUGCCUGUGAACAAAUUUCAUUCAACAGCGAAAUCGAUCUUGGCCGGAUCGCAGGAUCGAUAAAAAUAAUCGGCGACUUUCGAUAUUAAUGAAUGAGUGAGCUUCAUCGAAUGAAAACCUGACUAUGUACAUAUUUGUACAGGACUAGUGCCAUAUAAACAUUUCAACAUAUGUAAAAUCUCUAAUAGAGACAUAUGUAUGUACGAAAAUAGAGUUAUAUUUACGCAAGGCGGUUGGCCUAUGCUUCUCGUCCAAAAUAAACGCGUCUUCAAUUUGUUGUUUCGGUACGUAACUUCAAUAACUGUGGAAUAUAUCUGCUGGUCCUGCCGGAACGCGAACAUUAACAUUUUGAAGAUUUUAUCAUGGGCCUGGAUUGAGGCCUGCGAGCUAGAUACUGGGAUAGAACUAAACUUAGAUCGAAGUUAUCUAAACGCAAGACAAAAUAAAACUAUUUUUUUGGGCGAGCGUCAUUGCAGCAACCACAUAGCCUUUACCUUUUCACAACGUAUAUGUCGUAGGAUAAAUCGAAAUAAUCCAAAUACAAAUCGCACUAAUUAUAUGUUAUUGGCAUAAAGUGUCCUCGAUGCAGCAUAAACUGCUAAAACAUAGUAAGCAGCAAAUGUUUUUAUUUGUUUUAUUAGCCCCCCCACCCCACCUAAUCAAUAGCCACACAAACAUUUUACCCCUGAUAGAAGCAGUUAAGUUCGGAGAUCGACGCUUCAUCGUCACCUAUUGCUUUUUACCAGUUUGUUCCUUAUAUGUAUAUAAUAAGUAAGGGUCAGGCUGGUGUGAACAUGAAAAUAGGAUGUACUAUCUGCUUGAACCAUGUAAGUUAUGUGAGAGUAAAAGAAGCAUCUAAUAUUGAUGUAUGGUCUAAUUUACAGUACGAUAAUAGAAACCGAGCGAUACCCACUAUUGUUCUAAAAUCAACUGUCAACUUGUUUGGAACUAUAACGCUUAAGCCAGGCAUUGCUAGCAGACGAAAUUCGGUCAACAGUCGCGCCAAGUCAGUAGUUUUUCAUCAGCGACUCAUGAAUUUAGAGGUUGAAAUACGUUUUAAUAUAGGAAACAUACGCUCAGCAAUUAAUAAUUUGCGGCAGGUAAACAGUAAAAGCGAGAUAAUCGAUCUGCGUCAAAAAACCUAACUUAUUGUCACAAUAAAAUUGUGAGUUUCAAUUGACUUUUGGGUUGCGCUACUAACAAGGUAAGGUCAAGCUUCGAUUUUUAAUGAUUGCUAGAUGUUAACGCAAUCAUUAAAAAUCCAUGAUUUUUAGAUUUUCUUAAAAAAACAUAGCCAACGUUGUUAUACGAGUAGAUAAUUAUGCGCAAGUUAAAGUUGCAAGCUGUGACACGUGUGAAGCUAAAUCGGACCCUUAUGAUCUAUAAGAAAGUUGCGUUCAAGUGAUGCUUAGUAUAGCUCCCGUUCGUAUUUAUAAUAGAAUAUUCUAUCCACAGAUGUGUAUCAUUACGGUUACGAAAUGCUUCGAUGCAAAAGAACCAGUCGUCUAUAUUGGUUAAAAUUAGUCUUUUUUUUCUUAUAGUAUAGUUAUAACAGUAUUAAAAAAAAAAAGAUGAUAGCAAUCUAUCGGUGAAAUUGUUUUCGUAGUGGAAUUUCGAGUACUGGAAUACGCCCAAUGUUUCAUUUAUCUCUUCCUUUGACUGGUGAUCGCUUGGGCUACUUCGUUCUUCUAGAUAGUCAUUCGUUAUUUUUUUCCUUUUUGCUAAUUUGCUGGUGAUGGCGCAAAAAAUAGUUGCAGCAGUCGUCUAGUGCUGGUCAUGGUUUUCGCUUACAAGACACACGUUUCGUCUGAGUAAUGUAUUACGUAUCACAAACGUUUCCUGUUCGGUUUCGGCGACACUACGUCAAGAGCGUGAUGAUCUUUGAACAAUUAACAACGUCGUCACCAAAAAAUCCUACUUCCCCUUUGAUGACCCAUCACUGUACAAAAUAUUGACCAGUCAAUCGGCAAUCGUUCUUCAUGAAGGUCCUUGCCUAGUAAAUCGCAGAAGUUCAUAGACAAUAUGUAGUUGUCACUACAGGCAAGUCGUUCACUGCGAUGUCCAAACAUAGACCGGAUUUAGAUUAACGUCGAUGAACUUAGAUUGUUACAUAUAGAAACAAAUCUUGGAUUUUGACUCUUCUGCGGGAAAAUCAAUAAUGACAGUAAUAACAAUUAACUCCUGAGUUGUCUAUAUCGUCAAUUUGCCCGAAGUACUCUGUCAGAUUGUGAAUGUAGAAGCCCUAGCGUCAAAGGAGGUGACCUAAGCCCGGCUUCAUCAAAGAACUUCCUGCGUAUAGACAGAAGGUAGUUACUCCACGAUGUCCUAAUUAAUAUGAUAAGCACUUAUCUAAUUCGUGACGCAAUUAAGUUAAGAGCAAAUACUCAACCUAAGUAAAGUUUUGGUUUAUCUAUAAUAGGACACAUAAAUUUACAAAUAUCCUCGUACAGAUACUAUGAACCCACGAUGAAAAAACGCUUUCCGAUUUAAUUUAAACAGUAUUUAAUAAAUAGACGAAUAAAUAAAUUAUUAUGGUAUAUCACCCUUGGUCUCGCAAAAUUAAAGAAAAACUGUAUGUUA